AUGCCGGGCAGCUCUUUCUCCUAUUCUCGACCUGUCAUUCGACUAACAGCCGUUUUCGUAGGGACCACAAGCGUGCAAGAGCUUGGAAAGGACCCGUUGACAUGGAGCUUUGUGAAGCUUUUAGGCGCGCAAGUGCUUCGCAAUUUGGCCGACUUUCGAGGUCUGCCAGCAAGUCACGCGUGGCGCUUCAAGACGUCAGGACUCUGGAGAGCGCGUCUCCUGACAAAAGCCCAGUGCAUUGGAGUCGUCGUCUCCAUUGUGGAGCGAGCGGAUCGAGUGGAGAUCCUGAUCGAUGACGGUACUGCGCUCGUGAAGACGGUGUUGUGGGGAGCAAGUGUUGCCGCGCCAGUCGUGCUGGGGGACCUGGUACACGUGGAAGGCAAGCUAAACAUGGACAAGAGCUGGGACUCGGACGAUCUGGCUCGUGAGCUUCGGAUCCUGCGAAUUACUCCUGUGGACGACCCGAAUGCGGAGGUGCUGCAUUGGACCCAAGCCAUGGAGCUGGAGAGCAAGUGCCUGUCCGCUGUCAGUGGGUCGCGUCAGUCACACGCAGAAGCUAGCAAGUGCACGAAGAGCGAGGCGCAUUGGGAUCACAUUGCCGCUCAAGCUUUCUUCAGCCUCUCUGUUGACACGAGCACAAAGCAGCAGUUUCUCAGCCGAAGUGAUCGCGGCCCUUAUGAUGAAACUUUGCUCGGCAUUCUCGAGUCCAUUCUUCGGCAGCAACACACUAGCGGUAUCAAGGACGCCAGCGUGAUCUCCUUCAGCAGUUUCGUCAGCUCACCUGAGCUUAUUAUGGACAAACACGGCAGAACGAUCGACAAGAACCAGAGAAUCAGAGCACUGCGAUUCUCUUUUCGUGAGCUACGACGAGCAGGACUUUUGUUCUUGGAGGACGAUGAGGCAGAUCGCCACGUGUUGCUAAGCUUCGAAGUGGCGCUGAAGCCAGCGCUUCUGCGAGUUAUCCGAGACCGCCCACAAGGAUGCUCGAUUGCAGAAAUUGCGGAUGCGAUCCUGACCCAGGAGCGAUUCAGGUGCAUUCCACUGCUCUGGAUUGAGACGAGCCUUGAGCGUCUCCUUGUAUCUCAACAAGCACUUCAACAAGAAGCGUCACAGCUGUUUUUCGUCAGCACCAGGAGCUAG